GACCGAACCACACUACAUAUGAAGUCAUGACUUCAUUGCAGCCCAAGGCGGUCUAGAUUUGUGAGCAGCACUGUCAACAUCUGCGUCAGACUUUUAAUCCCAUUCAUCAAUUGGGGUGGAAUAUUGAAUUAUCCCACAAUCUUUGCGGCCAUAUAUUCCAGCUCACGUUCAAGUAGGAGCUCCUCCCCCCCGCUUGCAUCUUACAUCCCACUGUCCGUUCCUUCUAACCAAGAACAGUCCCUUCAUUGUCAUUCAAACAUACACAGUAGCACAUCCCAGAAGUAGAUCAAUCUCCGGAUUCAAAGUACGAAUAUGUUUAAUCUCAUUGCAGUCGUUUACCUAGCGCUUCUCGGAACGGCGUAUUCAGCCGUCACACCCACCGCACCCGGCCCGAAGGAAGUCUUCACGGCUCGUCAACAAUGCAAGCUCUCUUGGAGCUUGGACAAGACCAACAAGUGGAAAAGCUUCUCGGUCGACCUGAUGAGCGGCUCCAACUUGAACAUGAACGUCGUCACGAACGUCUUCAAAGGAAUGGACGGCACCACCGGCAAAACCAGUCACGUAUGGAAGUGUCCGGAAGUCGACCCAUGCUCUGCUAUUUACUUUUACCAGUUCAACCAAGCUGGCGAAGACCCCGCUUGGACGACCCGAUUUACGAUCGCUUGCCCAGACGGUAAAAUCAUUCCUCCUGCGAAUGCCACUCAACCGCAUGGAGAAGCCAUCCCUUGGGGUGUCGGCCACUUGAAGCACUAGACGAGUCGUCCGGCAUGAGCUGAAAGGCUUCCGUACCUCAAUUUUCACCUAUUUGCUGAGGCAGUUUUUUGGUUUCACUUCAGCCAAUCAGAAAUUCCGAUCAUGGCUUCUAUUGUUGUGCAAUGAAGAUAUUUCCUUUCUACCUUGUUGUCAUCUCCUCGCCCCAGUGUCCUCUCUUCAGCUCUUUUCUCAUUUUGUCAACCUGCUAUAUAGUGUCAUAUGCGAGCUGCAAUUCUUUUCCAUUCCAUGUCACCGAUCUGAACCUGUGAAAUGCUAUGUGCAUUCUCAGAUGUCCCAGGAUGUC